AUGGUGAGCUGUCGCGCAGCGGCUGUACCUGUUAGUGGGAGAGCUAAACUAUCCACUCAGGAAUACAGGCCACCGAGUCAUAAGCCUCUUGACUGCAUAAAUUCAGGCCUUUUCCCGGAUGUGUUAAGUUUCCUCGCUGGGGCAGCGGUGGCAGCCGAAGCGGUAACUGUAGCCCUCAAGAAACUAUUACAUUGGUUCAUAGCUGUCUUUAGCAACCCAGGUGGUCCACUGAAAACUCUUGUGUGCCUUUGCUACAAGAGCAGCAACAGCCACCGUAGGAACAGCAGCAGCAGUGAGAGUGAACCUCUUGUGCUGUGGCGUUGGCUUUGGGGUCUCUGUUUUCCCCCUAGCACCAUGGCGGACGCCGCAGGGUUGAAUAAGUAUAAGCUGGUUUUUUUGGGGGAGCAGGCUGUUGGCAAGACCUCCAUCAUCACGCGUUUCAUGUACGACACUUUUGAAAACAACUACCAGGCCACGAUCGGCAUCGACUUUCUGUCAAAGACGCUCUACUUGGAGGAACGGACAGUGCGGCUGCAGUUGUGGGAUACAGCAGGCCAGGAGAGGUUUCGUUCGCUGAUUCCGUCGUACAUCAGAGACAGCAGCGCUGCUGUUAUUGUAUAUGACAUCUCCAACCGCGCCUCUUUUAUAAACACCACCAAGUGGAUAGACGACGUACGGGCUGAGCGCGGCAAGGAUGUCGUCAUGGCCUUAGUGGGCAACAAGACUGAUCUAUGUGACCGCCGGCAAGUGUCUAUUGAGGAAGGCGAGCAGAAGGCUCGUGAGCAAGGUAUUUUGUUCAUCGAAACAAGCGCCAAGGCUGGCCACAAUGCGGCUGCCCUUCCUGGACUCGAGACGCAGCAGCCCCAAUCGGAAGCCCAAAUGGUGGAUGUACAGCUGAACGCUACUCCACAACAGCAGGAUCUGUCGCGCAAGGCGUCGAGCUGCAGCUGUUGA